UGCAUGUGAGACAUUGCAAGUAUUUCCACCGCAUCUUGAGGUGACUGCCUUGUUACAUUCAGAUGCCCAGCUGCCCUGUGUCUUUAUUCCAACCAGCCCUCAAUAUGGCUUAAAAUUUAUCAUUCCAACCUGGAGACGUAGUAGAUCGAUACUGUCAGAGUUUAAACAUGGAAAACUGGAAAACACCAGCAGGGCAUCAAUGGUUCAAAGUGAGUUAGAGAACUUUAACGCCUCCCUCUUACUCAAGCAAGUCACCAUUGAAGAUGGAGGAGAAUAUACAUGUGAAGUGUCCGAGACUAUGCUGGAGACUGCAACAGCCCGGGUUACACUCAAAGUUGUCGCUCUUCCUAAAGUAUUUGUGAAGCCCAGUCUGAAAAUGCCAAAUCGAUCAAGCACCUUGGAGUGUCAUGUCCAACACUUCUACCCCAGAGACAUUACCAUUGAAUGGGUAAAAGACUCCAUGCCACUGCUUCAUCAAAGGCCUCUGCAGAUAGAGCAAAAUGGAGACCAAACCUUAAGUACAGUGAACCGUUACCUCUACUUCCAUGAAACCAAAGACGUGGCUGCCAACAUAUCCUGCCGGGUGAAACAUGAAUCUCUGUAUGGGUCAGUGAAGGAGAUUCCACUACAAUUUUGCCGUAAGUGACAGGUGAAACUUCAGGUCAAGUGAUCUUCAGGAAAUGUGUCCUUUCAGUUAAGGCUUAUAGUAUUGAAUGUAAGAGUAAAGUUUAUCUUUUAAACCAUUGCUGCAAUUAGCUUUUGUAUUAUGCUUAACUCCGAGUACAGGAAGAUAGUGCUUAAACAUUAGUAUAACUGCAGUGCAUGUACCGUAAAUUAUUAAACCAUACACUAUUUCCAUAAAUCAAUUACAUUAUAGACAUAGUUAAAAACAAACAGUCAUAAAGAUUAAUAUUAACAGACUAAAGCAAUCUAAACUCCUUUACCAUUAUCACUGAGAUAAGG